UUCUUCCCCAAAACAUGGCCUCCAACUCCAAAGAGCUUCACAAAACACCCCAUGAAACCAAUUGGGUUGUUCAUAUCACCCAGCUUCUCCAACCAAAUACCCUCCAAACAGCCUUACAAACGCCCACUUCCAUCUUCAAGCUGCCUCAUUCCAUCACCAAUGGCAUGCCACAAGCUUACUUCCCUCGCCACAUUGCGCUUGGGCCUUACCACCACUUCACAAACAAGCUCUACCAAAUGGAAUUGCACAAGCUCGAUAACGCAAUCAACGCAAUAGAAUCAUUCAAACUCCCCCAACUCCAUCAAAUCGCCGCUGAUCUCGAGCAAUUCGAUAUCAAAAUCCGAUCUUGUUACGACAAAUUUCUCGAUUUCGGGUCCGAGACGUUGGCUUGGAUUAUGCUCCUAGAUGGGUUGUUUUUGGUUCAAAUUCUAGCCAUUUCCAACGAUGAAACAAAUGAGAGAAGAAGAUCAUAUCCUGAACUUUAUUUCCCUUAUCCAUUUCCUUCUUUUAUUGAACAAAAGUUGUAUUGUUCUCUAAUUGAGGCAAAUUUGAUGACCCAAAAUGAGUUAGUGAAUGAUGUUCUUAAGCUCGAGAAUCAAAUUCCAAUUUUUGUUCUCAAAAAAAUUUUGCCACAAAAUUUUGGGAACAAUUUGCAUAUCUUGUUCUUCAAAUUUUGUGAGGUUAUUUCCCCCAAGAAGCUCCCUCCUCAUGAUCUUAUUGAAUUCAAGCGUUACAAGGACUCCACUGAUGUAUACCAAAUUCUUGAACAAUCUCAUCAUUUGCUACACUUUUUGUAUCUUUUGAUAUUGGAUACAAGUUCGCAUAUUCGUGGUCCAUGUGAAAUGGCAGAUUCUGGUGGUUAUUUGUUUUUGGAUUUUUUUAGUGUUUUUGUUUCUGUGCUACAAAUUCCCACCUUACAGCAGCUGAGUGAAGCCGUGGGUUUGAUCCAAGCCUUGUUUGGUUUACAUGGGAGAGUUUGGUCAUCGUGUUCUUCCACCGGACAGGAUAGGAACAGCCCGUGGUUGAUCCCGUCGGCCGAGCAGCUUAGACGGGUCGGAGUCCUAUUAAAUGGCAACGACAAGGCCUUCCAUAAAAGCAUCAGGUUCGAGAAAGAACGACCAGAACCUUGGUUCAAGUUGCCAACGAUCACCAUUAACGCCUUCUCAGAAGUAGUAUUCAGAAAUCUAGUUGCGUUCGAAGCUGCAACUAAACUAAACCCGCCAUACUUUAGCAAUUAUGUAGUGUUGAUGAGCGGGUUGAUAACAACCAUCAAAGAUGUCAAGAUAUUGAAGGAAGGAAGCAUAAUUGAGAGCCAUGCAGGAAGUGAAGAAGAGGUAGUGAAAUUGUUUGAUGGAUUGAGAAGUGUGUUGGAGCUUAAGAACAUGGCUGAGCUUCAAAUGGUUAAAGAUAUCAAUAGUUAUUAUGAAAGCUGUUGGAAGGUGAAAGUCAAGAGAUUCAUUCAGAAAUAUAUCAAUCCAAUGUUGAAAGUGAUAGUUCUUAUUGUUGUGAUUUUGCUCAUUGGUGUCGUUGUUGUACGCAUGUUUUGUAGAUGGUUUGGUUGCUUUAGAAUUUUGCAUGUGGUUUCUCCUAUUAUUAUGGAUAACUAUCAAAAUUUUCUUUAG